UUUCAGUUCCCACCAUGAAGCUUAUGAAUGCUGCUGUAUUCUUUAUUCUUGUGCCCACUUUUACGCCAGCUUUGGACCCUCUCAGCACUUCAGUCUUCAUGGGUGGUGCUGCUGUCGCUUGGCAGCUCCUCUCCCCUCACUCCUGGCUCAAGUGCAGUCUCCUGGAGUGCUGCAAUAUGGAGGACACACUGAAUUUAUCAGUUAUAAAGAUGGAUUUGGACCGAAAAGUAUUUGGCCAGCAUCUUGCUGUCCAGAUAGUUCUGAGAGCUCUGAGUGCAAAUACGCACAGCAAACGGCCCAGGAAGCCCUUGGUGAUGUCCUUCCAUGGCUGGACUGGAACAGGCAAAACGUUUGUCAGCAGCAUCAUUGCAGAAAACCUCUAUCAGCUUAAUAUACCAAGACAGAGGUUUGUGCACCACUUCAACACAGUACUGCAUUUCCCACACCUUUCACAUGUCCAUCUCUAUAAGGAGCAGCUGCAGAAUUGGAUCCAGGGCAAUGUCAGUGCCUGUCCAAGGUCCCUUUUUAUCUUCUCUGAAAUGGAUCAGAUGCCUCAUGGCCUGAUAGACUCUAUCAUGCCAUUCCUCGGCUACCAUGAAGAGAUUGAUGGUGUUUAUUAUGGCAAGGCAAUCUUCAUCUUUCUGAACAAUGCAGGUGGAGAUAAAGUAGCAGAGAUUGCCCUCGAUUACUGGAGAAGGCAGAAGAGAAGAGAAGACAUUCCUGCGAAGAAGCUCCAGUAUCUGCUUUCAGAGGAAAUUUUCAGGAACAGAGACAGCGGUUUCUUUCACAGUCAACUGAUCCACAAGAACCUGAUCGACUAUUUCAUCCCUUUCCUUCCUCUUGAAUAUAAACAUGUGAAAGAGUGUGUCCGGCAGGAGCUGCACGUGCAAGGGCAUCCCGAGGAUGAAGACCUCAUCGCAGAGAUUGCCUUGGCAAUGACCGACUACCCCAGCGAAGAAAGACUCUACUCCAGCAAAGGCUGCAAGACUGUAGCCUCCAGAGUAAGUCUGAGCAUCUAGGCACUACGAGCCCCCCGUCUUCUUGUUACAAGACCACAGCAGAAGAAAGAACCAGUAACUCCCUUUCCCCUCCCUGCAGCUCAGUCUACACACUCUUCCUCGAAGGGACUCAGGCUGUCCCAUACCAGAGGCACCUUUUGUCAAGCUCUUGAAUAAAUAAAUACAUAGGAGACCGCAACAAUACUGUAUAGAGUACACAGAAGAGGGACAUACGUGGCUGAUGAGGUUUGCUCCCCUUGCCACAGAAACAUUCCCCAAUAAAGCAUUUUAGAGAGGAAAAUCUCCCACUAUUGUGGCCAGAGUGUUUGCACCUUAAGUCCUAGC